CAACCUGGGCUAGAUGAGCCCCUGUCUUGAUGGGAGGCAGGGAGAGGGCAUUGUGGAGGAAGACAGGAGCUUAACUGUCCUGAGAAAAGCCUGAAAGAGGAAGGCAAGGCCUGAGUAGCUGUCUUCUCCCACUGUCCUUUUUCUGUAUCUUCUGCUUUUCUCUCCCCAGAUCCCAGUGGUAAAAAAGAUCCUUUCUUUGGAAACCCACCUACAAAGUCAGUCCUACAGUAGAUGAUGUUGUGACACAGUCCACCGGUGCCCUCACUCCUAAGGACCCUGUAAAGCAGGCAGAGGUCGAGGUUCUGCAAAUCCCUAGGAACCACAAACAGUUCAGAGGCCCAUUUGGAUGGCCUUCGUUCGGAGUCUGUUGUAAUAGCUACUGUUUCUUCACUUUAAACUUCAUUUGGAGUUUUUGACCUCUUUUCAGAUUUAAUCUGAACAAAUUUUCCUCUUGGAUGCCUACCUUAGGUUUGCCCCUGGACAGCCAUUUCUGCUUAGGGCCACCACUCCGUUUUAGGUGCUGGCGAAGUUCUCCAGUGUUGGGAUUUUCAAAGCCUUUCUGUUUCAUUUCAUCUUUCCCUUAUAUCCUAAAGAUGCCAAAAGCACUUCCCUCUUGUUCAAUUUUCACAUAGGCCACAGGGACCUUCUUUUUCAGAAACUUCUCCCAUUCGGAAAAAUUACUGUAACCCACUUCUUCAGACAAUUUCCUAGGAAUGGCAGAGGACUUCUCUGCAAACUUCUGAAGCAUCAUUUUAAAAGGGACACUCCACAGAGACAGGGCUUCCCAGCUGUGGUCAAAUAUAUACAUAUGGAACUUUACACUUACCAAAGGCCAGUUCAUCUGAUACACAGGGAACAUCCCUUUUUAAUCUCUGAGUUCUGAUUAAAAUCAGAAUACAUGUGUGUGCAUACAUGGUAUGUGCAUGUAUGUGCUGGGGGUUGCUCAGUAGUGUGCUACAGUGGAAACAGCUUCAGUUUUCUUUGCAAUUUCAAGGUGACAGAUACCUCUUAUUACCAGAUAUUAACCAUCAAAGUAUACAUGGCUUAGCAUACGACUGUGGGGGUGCUUGAUGUGGCUCCUUGCCUAGGAACAGAGGCGUCAGACUGUCAGGGACUGUGAGCCUUGUUCUCACCUACCACUUUCUUUUUCCAUUGCCUUUUCUGGUCUUCCAGAGUAGCUUGCUAUUUGAUGAAGCAAGUUUCUCUCACUAGCGAACACUUCUUUGCUUACCAUGAUAACUUGGGAACGAUCUCCUGACCCUUCAGAAUGGGCAAGGAAGAACCCCCAUUGGUUUGGUCAGUAGAAAAUCAUUUGAUGACAGCAAGGAGCGAGGGGAGGAUUUCUGGAAGUGGAGUAGCUUUGAGGUCUUUUCAGCCGUGGCAUUAUCCCCUAGUUCCUUUUCUCCAUGUGGCUUCCAAGCACAGUGUCUGAGGCAGCUGGUGUAUAUAAGAAAAAUAUCCCAAGUCAUGUGAGAUGCAGCUGGACUUCCUGCUCACAGCCGUUGAGCAAGAGUUCUCCAGUCUUCAAAUGAGGAAGCCCAGAUCCCUUCUCUCUGCCUUAUGUAAAUCUUCUAGCUGAUCUCCCAAGAGUUGCCUGUAUCAUAUCUAUAAAAAGCUGUAAAGUUCACACUCUAGAGGACUAAAUCUGUGCUGGCCAAUCUGAAUGACUACUCAGUUAUACUAGUUUAGGAAAAUCCUGCCCCACCCUGACGAUUCAUAGUUCCCCUCAUAUUAGUGAUCAUCGGGUUUUUCUGCCCAAUGUUUGUAUUGAAGAUAACUUCCUGACCAGUAAAGACUUGAGGUAGCAUUCUAGAACCCCAGUAUUUAAACUAGCUGCUGUGGUAACGGUGGAACCCAGGCUUCUUGCUUUCAGUUUUCCCUACCUAGACAGAAAUUCCAGAGGAAGAGUGGAUGUAGAGCUCAGUGUUGGGUGGUUUCAGAUCAAGCAGCGAGGACGUGGACAUGGACCAUCCCUCUGUGCAGCUCUGAAGUAGAGCCAAGCACUCUGCCUGCCUGUCAGAGCCCUAGAGCCUAAGAAGUUCGCUGCUGGUGAGGGGGAUGGCCAGGAUUCCUGGAGUUGGAAGAUCUUCAGCUUCGUCAUCUCUGGAGAACAAGGAAGACAAUGAAAGUGACGUGGCCCUUCUUAGUCCCAAGGACCCUGACAGAGUCCACACCAAGGAGCAGCUGGCACAUCCUGCGUCCUCCAAACUUGACCCAAGCAUGCAAGGCCUCCCUGCUGGGCCCAGCCUGGACGAUUUAAUUCCUAGCCACCUCCGAGCCUAUAUAGGCCCAUCCUCCCGGGGGACCAGGGUGCCCGUGAUCCGGAAUGGUGGCUCCAACACCCUUAAUUUCCAGUUCCAUGACCCCGCACCCAGGACUGUGUGCAAUGGCUAUGCUCCACCCAGGAGAGAUGGUUCCCAGCAUCCAGACCCAGCAUGGUAUCAGACCUGGCCAGGCCCUGGGAGCCGGCCCUCUGCGAGCCCGAAGCAACCUGUCUCCCAGCAUGUCCAGAACUGGUCAGCCACCUGGAGCAAGGACAACAAGAGACGGGACAAGCGCUGGGUGAAGUACGAGGGAAUCGGGCCCGUGGAUGAGAGCGGCAUGCCCAUUGCCCCCCGAUCUAGUGUUGACAGCCCCAGAGACUGGUAUCGGAGAAUGUUCCAGCAAAUUCACCGGAAAAUGCCAGACCUGCAGCUGGACUGGACCUUGGAAGACCCACCCAAAGGGGUGUCCUCGCGUGCCUCUUCUGCAGACCCAAGGCAUCCAGGGCCCCAGCAAAGACCUGCCUCCAGGCCUGGCACAGCAGUGACUGCUAACGGAAGACACUGGAACCACUCUGAAGAGACAUCUAGAAACACCUUUAACUAUAAUUUCAGACCAUCCUCUUCGGGGCUCCAACCCCCAAAUCAGGUGCCCAGACGUCGAGAGAAAGUAGAGGAUGUCUGGACAGAAGACUCUUGGAACCAGUUUCUGCAAGAAAUAGAAACUGGGCAUAAGCCCAAGAAACCACUGGUGGAUGACCCUGUUGAGAAACCUGCACAGCCCAUUGAGGUCCUGCUAGAGCGAGAACUGGCCAAGCUGAGCGCAGAGCUGGACAAGGACCUGCGGGCCAUUGAGACCCGCCUGCCGUCCCCUAAGAACUCGCAGGCGCCACGACGGUCCCCUGAGCAGCCCGCCCCAGAGCAGCGGCCCUCGGCCCGCCCGGCCUCCGCCUGGAGGCCCAGCUCCCCGCAUGCACCUUACUUCGGUUCUUCCCGACCCCUGAGCCCCCACAGAAUGGCAGAUGGAGGAGGAAGCCCCUUCCUGGGACGUAGAGAUUUUGUCUACCCUUCCUCAGCCCGAGAGCCUAGUGCCUCUGAAAGGGGUAGCAGCCCUUCGAGGAAGGAGGAGAAGAAGAGGAAGGCUGCCCGGCUCAAGUUUGACUUCCAGGCUCAGAACCCCAAGGAGCUGACUCUGCAGAAGGGUGACAUUGUCUAUAUCCACAAAGAAGUGGACAAGAACUGGCUGGAGGGAGAGCAUCAUGGCCGCCUGGGCAUCUUUCCAGCUAAUUAUGUGGAGGUGCUGCCUGCGGAUGAGAUCCCCAAGCCCAUCAAGCCGCCCACGUACCAGGUGCUGGAGUACGGAGACGCCGUGGCCCAGUACACCUUCAAGGGGGAGCUGGAGGUGGAGCUGUCCUUCCGAAAGGGGGAACGCAUCUGCCUGAUCCGCAAGGUGAACGAACACUGGUACGAGGGACGUAUCACCGGCACAGGACGCCAGGGCAUCUUCCCGGCCAGCUACGUGCAGAUAAACCGGGAGCCCCGGGUCCGGAUCUGCGAUGACAGCCCCCAGCUCCCUGCCUCACCCCACCUGACACCCACUGCCCGUGUGGCCUGCCACCCCGGCUCCCCCUCAGUACCAGUGGACCCCACUGACUGGGGAGGUCGGACCUCCCCUCGACGCUCUGGCUUCCCCUUCCCCAUCACCCUCCAGGAGUCCAGACCCCAAACCCAGAGUCUCAGCACUCCUGGACCAGCCCUGUCCCAUCCACGAGGCACCAGCCGUCCCGUAGAUCUGGGGACCUCCUCCUCCCCAAGCACCACAGCGAUACACUGGACUCCGUACCGGGCUAUGUACCAGUACAGGCCCCAGAAUGAGGAUGAGCUGGAACUUCGUGAGGGGGACCGUGUGGAUGUCAUGCAGCAAUGUGAUGAUGGCUGGUUUGUGGGUGUCUCCCGGAGAACUCAGAAAUUUGGGACAUUCCCUGGAAAUUAUGUAGCCCCGGUGUGAGUGGUCUCCAUGGCAGUUUGGAGCCAACGAGGAUGGGGUGGGGAGCAGUAGCACUAUGGGAGGGAGAGAGGCCCCCCACACCCUCCUUCCCCCAGGACCUGUGCUCCCAGCUUCUGCAGAGACCCCGGCAACCUUCCCUCCGAGCCCCCCUGGAAGUCCCCUGGACUGAUUCCCACCCGUGAGUCACGGGCAUUCCUUUGACGGCUCCCCCUCACCACCCCUCAAAAUACAGACGUCUGCUCUGAUGUGGAGACUGUCUCCAGGCCUUAUUGAGACCAGACCCCCAGGCCCCCAUCCCCCCAGCGUUUCCCCUAAUGGGGACUGGCUCCUCCCAUUCACCCCCAUGGGGUUCCUCUAAUAAGGACCAGCCUCCUACCCUGGUAGAGACCAAAGGACUCCUCCUGUUUCUCACCAGCUGGCCCGCCACCAUUUUACCUUCUGGCCUCCAGCUGGGCCUCAAAGCAAGGUGAGGAACACCUUGUCAGCCUUCAAAGCCCAGUGAGAGGCCUUGCCUCUAGGCUUCCUCUUCCCGGAGGCUCCUGACCCCCUGAGGACCUCCACAUGUACUCCGUCCGAGUCCUCCGACUAAGGCCCACAGUCGCCCUGACCUAUCUCUCAGAAGACAGAGUUACAGGGAGACAUGCUUGCUGCCCUCAUCCCCAGGCCUCCCCAGUAUCUAGAUCCCCUCUGGAAGAGAAUGUACAAUAAACACGGAUACCAGGGAUAUACA